GGCAGAGACAUGUGCGCGAGAAGUAAGCUUUGAGCGAGUGUGUAUUUGGUUUGCUCUGCAGCGAGUUGCCAUCUGAGAGCUAUGAAGAGCAUGUUGACGUUUUUCAAUAACCAAUUGCUUUCCGCGGGUUUGCCUACACUCGUUUUCAGUAUUCAGUAAGAGUUCCACAUAGCCGGUUGCUUCCAAACAAACUAAAGGUGUCGUGGUGAAGAUAACAAUAAAUUUAAUAAUAUUUACAUGUGCAAAUAUAUCAAUUGUUUUGAUGAUUAUCAUUGUUGUUUUAAAAUUGGUCAGGUGAAUUGUUGCUACAACUAGGCGUCGUUGAGUAGCAACGCGAAUUCAAUAUUCUAUCAUUCGGUCGCUGGUGUGCUUUAGGUUAUGUGUUUACAACUAAACAAUUUCAUUUGUAGCAAUUAAUUGGUUAUCAUACAAUGUUGGAAAGCAUUUAAAUGAAUACGUGGACGGAUAUUUUCUAGCAUCAGAAUAACUAACAAUUAAAACAAGAGGACGUUUUUGCCAUGAAUUCAAUAAUGAGAGUGGGCAUUUUAGUAAAAAAUGUAACGGCAAUAACAACGUCGUAUUAUAGCAGAUCAAGUAGUUGUUAUAAUUAUUCGAGCGUCGCAACAGGUGUUACUGAGUCAAAGCAUCAACCAUCAGAUGGAACACCAGCGCCAACAACAACCACCGGAGCGGGAACAAACAUAGCUACUGUCUCCUCUCCUAGCUAUGUAAAGCGUGAUUCCAAAAUGUCAAAGGUUGAGCCGAUAAGCAUUGAGCCACUAACAGAUACUUUUGGACGCCACCACACAUAUCUGCGGAUCUCAUUGACCGAACGUUGUAAUUUGCGUUGUCAAUACUGCAUGCCAGAGGAAGGUGUGCAAUUACAACCGAAAACAAAUCUUCUAACGACCGAAGAAAUCAUCUAUUUAGCACGAAUUUUUGUUGAACAGGGCGUGCGUAAAAUUCGAUUAACUGGCGGCGAGCCUACGGUGCGUAGAGAUAUAGUAGAUAUCAUUGCCAAAAUUAAAUCUAUACCUAAACUUGAAACUGUGGGUAUCACCACGAAUGGGCUGGUAUUAACACGUCUACUAUUGCCAAUGCAACGCGCUGGACUCGAUGCGGUAAAUAUUAGUUUGGACACUUUGCGCCCGAAACGUUUCGAAGAAGUCACACGACGAAAGGGUUGGGAACGGGUUAUAGCUGGGAUUGACUUGGCCCUGCAAUUGGGUUAUAAGCCGAAAUUGAACUGUGUACUCAUGCGCAAUUUCAACGAAGAUGAGAUUUGUGAUUUUAUCGAGUUCACCAAAGAUCGUGCUGUGGACGUUCGAUUCAUAGAGUAUAUGCCAUUCACUGGCAAUAAAUGGCAAACCGAUCGAUUGGUUUCUUAUAAAGAAACUUUGGAGAUUAUCAAAAAUAGGUGGCCUGAUUUUCGAGCCUUGCCAAAUGGCCCAAAUGAUACCUCAAAGGCAUACGGCGUACCCGGCUUCAAAGGACAAGUGGGUUUUAUCACUUCUAUGACUGAACAUUUCUGUGGCACCUGCAAUCGAUUACGACUUACCGCCGACGGGAAUAUUAAAGUUUGCUUAUUUGGCAAUAAAGAAUUUUCUCUGCGUGAUGCUAUACGUGCCAAGUGCUCCGAAGACGAUCUGAUUGCAUUGAUUGGAGCAGCAGUUAGUCGGAAGAAAAAGCAGCAUGCUGAAAGAUUCAUUCAUAACGACAUUGCCACAGCACGAAUACAUCACAAACAUAAUAAAAUUUUUGAGAACCAGCAGUACCAUUGGACAAAAUCUCAGAACUUUAGCGACCAUGUGUCAUUGCCAGUUACUUUUCCUGUUAUUGCUAGUCGCGUAAGCAUACAACCAAUAACCAAAUAUGCGCAAACACGUGGAUUUGGUACGACGAGCAUAAAAAGCGACUCUUUUGUUGGCAGUAGCGAUUCUAAUUUGACUCAUGUAGAUGAAGCUGGAAAAGCUCAAAUGGUUGAUGUCACAAAGAAGCAAAGCAACCAGCGAGAAGCCGAGGCACGCGCUAGAGUGGUAGUUGGAUCGCACAUUGCUCAACUUAUAAACAAGAACACCAUGAUUAAGGGCGAUGUCCUUAGUGUGGCCCAGCUGGCUGGGAUAAUGGGCGCCAAACGAACUUCAGAACUAAUACCGCUUUGUCACAACAUUACGUUAACCUCAGUAAAGGUGGAAGUUAAAUUAAGUCUGCCAACAAACAGUGUAGAAAUAUAUGGUCGUGUAAAGUGUACAGGCCAAACUGGUGUGGAAAUGGAAGCACUUACUGCUGUCACCGUGGCGGCUCUUACUAUUUACGACAUGUGUAAAGCCGUCUCGCAUGAUAUAACAAUCACAGAUAUAAAGCUCUGGCAGAAAACAGGUGGUAAACGGAGUUUUGAUCGCAAUAUGGACAAAUCCAAUACAUUUUAGA